UUCAGUAGUAGAGUACUAGUCAGGAAGGAAGAGGGAUCCAGUGUGGAUACUCCCUAGACACAUCUAUUCUAACACAGGACCAGUGGUACACUGUGCAGCCAUUUGUGCGCCGAUCUAUAGGGACUUUGAGGGGGUACGCAUUUUUAAAUAAAGUAGAAAGUGUUAAAACUUUUAUUAAUAUUAAUAUUAAUUACAAUAUAAAAAUUAAUAUUAAUAAUUUCAUAUAUAACAAUCGUUUCAUUGAGUUUUAUCAUUUUUUAUUUUCUUUAUUCCCAAAUGCACGCUCCCUCAAAGUCCCUAUAGAUAGGAUCACAAAUGGCUACGCCGUGAACUACUGCCAUCGCUGGUCUUGUUUAUGACUGAGUCUGAUAGUAUAGUGUCAGAAUUGAUGUCUCUUCGAAUGUGUCGAAAACAUUCUGUGAACACCCAUACAAAAGACAAUUUUAUAAUGUUCCAAACGUUAGAGAGCUUUGAUACGGAAUUGUCGGCCGACUCAGUCGAGUGGUGUCCAUCAGAGAACUUUCAAGAUAUUUUCGUCUGUGGAACGUACCAACUGACUUCCAAUGACAGCGAAGGUUUUCCAACACUCAAUAAAGUCAAACGUGUCGGCAGGAUCUACUUAUUCCAAGUUGACGACAAAAAGCUUCGGCUUCUUCAACAGCUCGACGUACCAGCAGUAUUGGACAUGAAAUGGUGUCACAUCAAAAUCUACGGCAAAAUUCUUCUUGGAGUUUGCAAUUCCGAGGGAUAUUUACAAAUAUAUGAGUUGAUUAAGGACGAGCUGGAGUUUGCAUCGGAAAUUGCAGUGAAUGAUGCAAGUGAGAAACCACUUGCACUCUCGUUGGACUGGUCGACGGGAAGGCGAUUGGAAACGACGGAGGACAUAAAAAUUGUUGUUAGCGAUUCGCAAGGAUCAGUUUCAUUGUUCAACAUUGCUGGAAGUGUGAAAAAUAUCGAGAGGAUCUCAAGGCUACAUGGACAUGAUUUUGAAGCUUGGAUAGCAGCUUUCGAUUACUGGAAUACCAAUGUUCUUUAUACAGGUGGCGAUGACUGUAAAUUUUUACGCUUUGACACCCGAAUCAACAGCCCAACACACACUAAUCGAUUGCACAACGCCGGAGUUACAAGUCUACACAGCAAUUGGAAAAAAGAAUACAGUCUAGUCUCCGGCAGCUAUGACGAGACACUAAGGACAUGGGAUACUCGACAUUUUCGCAGACCACUCGAAGAGUUGAAUUUAAAUGGCGGAAUAUGGAGGCUCAAAUGGGAUCCUUACGAAGCGAGAUAUUUACUGGCAGCUUGCAUGUACAACGGAUUUUUCAUUGUCGAUUCGCAAAUUCCAAACAUCGUUGCCGAAUACAAAGAACACAAAAGUAUUGCGUAUGGUUGCGACUGGUCGUUUGGAAAAGAACAGCGCGAGAAUUCGUUGGUCGCUACUUGCUCGUUUUACGAUCAUCUUCUAAAGCUUUCGUCUGUGCAGAUGAAAGAAUUAUAAAUCAGAUCAUUUUUUCAUACAUUUUUUUAUACAUAAUAUCUGUUAUUGAUAAUUAUACUUCUCUAUUUUUCUUAAUUUUUGACGUUAAAAUUUUUAAUUUUUGUAAAUUUCUAAUUUUUCAACAAUCUUUCGCAAUUUAAAAUAAUUUUAAAAAGUAAUGAGACGAAUAUGUGAUUGAAAAGAAAUUUUAUAAUCAUAAAGGUAAUUAAAAAUA